CACUGAGGACCAACCCACUGCAUGUUCAGUCCUGCCCUCUACUAUUCCCCCAUCACAAUCGCAUGUGGCUGUGCUGCGCGGAGCCUGCGUCCUCUCCUCCGGCUGUGGGAUCGUCUGUGUAGCGACGCCAAACCCUGCGUGGAUAUUUACAUUUGCAGUUUUAACAGGCUGACUCUCGUUGCCUCCUAGUGUGCGUUGCUGGCACUGAAGAGAAGAAAAAAAAAAAAAAGAUAUUUGGAGGAAAAUUGUCAAACCACAGGAAAUCCUACUUGGUAACAUCACAAAGAACUCUUUCCGUCCAUCCCGCACGCACAAGUUUCAAAAGACAAAAGAAUGCGCAAUCAGAGGACUAUCUGACAUCUUGUCUGUGGAUCUACCUUUACAAUCAGCAAAGAGCAUUUUUCCUCUGGGAGAUACCACCAAUGGCCAAUGAGUCUUUCCACGCUCCCUACGCUGCCGUAGAACCGUCUCCUUCCACCACAAUGGCUCCCUCCACAGGAAUGCUUCGUAUGUUUGGUGCAUACCAGAGCAACGCAGUCAUCAUAGAACACUACAACUACACAGGAAAACUGAAGGACCACAAGUACACGGACGGUCUCAAACCGGUGGCCAUCGUUUUCCUGCUCGUCUGCUUGCUCAUUGUGAUGGAAAACGCUGUGGUUCUCGUGGCCAUCUGGAAGAACAAGAAAUUCCACGUGCCCAUGUACUAUUUGCUGGGCAAUCUGACUCUCUCCGACCUGCUGGCAGGCUUCACCUACAUGGUGAACAUCAUGACGUCCGGCGCCAACACGCUGAGCAUGACCCCGGUGCUGUAUUUUCUGAGGGAGGGGGGCGUGUUCAUCAUGCUGGCCGCCUCCAUCAUCAGUCUGCUGGCCAUCGCCAUAGAGCGGCACGUCACCAUGGUGAGGAUGAAGCCGUACCAGGGGGACAAACAGGGCCGGAUGUUCGCCUUGAUCGGAGCGAGCUGGGUGAUGUCCGUGUUCCUGGGCAUCCUGCCGGUGAUGGGUUGGAACUGCAUGGGUCAGCUGGAGCGGUGCUCCACCGUCCUGCCGCUCUACGCCAAGAGCUACAUCCUCUUCUGCAUCACCGUCUUCAGCGCCAUCCUCCUGUCCAUCGUCGUCCUGUACGUGCGCAUCUUCCGCAUCGUCAAGAUCAACACCCAGCGCCUCGCGACGGUUCCUCAAAGAAAAGGUCUCUACCGUAAGUCCCAGAAGUACCUGGCCCUCCUGAAGACGGUCACCAUCGUCCUGGGGGUCUUCAUCGCUUGCUGGGCGCCCCUGUUCAUCCUCCUCCUGCUGGACUUCUUCUCUCCAGCCAAAAGCUGCGGUGUGCUCCUCAAGGCCGACUACUUCCUGGGCAUCGCCAUGUUCAACUCGCUCCUCAACCCGAUCAUCUACACCCUGACCAGCAAGGACAUGAGGAAGGCCAUCAUCAGGCUGCUCUGCCGCCCCUGCCUCAUGACGCCAGACGGACAGGUGAAGAAGUUCGGGAUGCCCUUCCUGGACUGCAGCACCACUAAGAAUGACGUAGCCUCUCAAAGACUGGAGGGAGUGGAGACCACAGUGUCUUCCGGUAACUUUACACCCUCGACCAUUAAAGCCAUUUAUCCCAGGCUACCUAAGACAUGAUCCAGCCACUAACUCUGACUAAGCACUGAGAGAAGACAGUCAGACUGAGAACACAACCUCUGGUAUCUCUAAACGGAUAUCGGCAAACAUGGGACAAGAGACAAAGUUUUGCUUUGCACUGCCGAACGGUUUCGGUAUCAAGCCUGAACGGAAUAUGUUUGCGAUAAGAAUCCAAACUGGGAGAACCCCUUUUCUGGUUAAGCAUUCACUUAAUUUUUUUUUUUUCUAAGCGUACUUCUAACAACAGUAUGAUAAAAAAAAAAAAAAAAAUUAAAAAAAAAAACAUUAAAUAUCCAUGCCUUAAUAGUAGCAGUACAGCUGUGUUUUAGACGCCGAAACAAGGCCAGCAUUUGUCAGAGGAUGUUCUUUCACAAUACAGCUCAUCUUCAUCAACGUUUGCACAUGAAGAGGAAUCAAAGACUGUCUUGCAGAUGUGUCGUGCAAAUACAGCUGGUUUUGAGCAUUUAAUAGGAAACCCAAGCAUGUGAUUUAUCCUUAUCUCCUCUCCCUGUGUAGUUUAUAAUGAUACGUUGUUACAAACACGGAGCAUCCACACCCAAACUCUGCAACCGAAACCGUGUAAUUUCUGCCAUGUGAGUUCUGGUCAGCAGCGAAGCCGGGGUAGAGGGCCGCCGACAUCAGAGGCUCGGUGGGACCGGAGACGUCACGAGGAGGGCUGAGCUGGGUGGUUUUGCCGCUUUGGAGGUCCCCUCAACAUAUGUAGCGACACAUGAUGAAUGCCUACAAGCAAUAAAAGCUGACAGCGGAGGCUUGUUGACGCCUUCUCGGUUUUGCAGACUAGAAUAUCACAGGCUACGUCUUGUGGGCACCAGAGAUGACAAUCGUCAGAUCUCUGUUAUUUCAGGAUGAGGGUUCAUCUUGAUUCGGUGAAACGCUCUGUUUUUCCUGUGAUCGAAUCUCCCCCCCAGAUAACGUGACGAUCCGUCACAAGCCAGAAAACUGUUUGGGUUGUGGGAGCGUUUCGCUGUAAGAGCGACGCAAAGCAGACUCCUAAAUGUAAUAUUGUACAGUGAAAAAUUUAUAUUAACUGAUCUUUAUUACACUUUGUUAAUAUCUACUACUCUCCGAGCUCCAUGUUUGUUUGUUUUGUAAAGUGCUCACUUAAGUUAUGACGCCAAGUUUUUAUAUCUGCACUGAAUAAAGAUAUGUGAAUGAUUUCUA